UCGUCAUCUCGCUAUGUACAUGUGAGAUCUAUGGUUCUGAGAGCAUCCCCGAUUUGGACGGACAAAGAUGAGUCGGUGAAGUACAACACACGUAUAAUCCAAUAUUUGUCCUAAUUUUUUAACGACCAUUGUGAAAAUGACGACAACAACGACAUACCAAGGAAUGGAGCCCGGUGCUAAAAACAGCUCCAGGGUUCUGCGUCCUCCCGGCGGUGCAUCUAACAUCUCGUUUGGGGCUGACGACGACAAACCUCCCGCCCGCAAAGACAAGAUGGCUUCCAGUGUUUUCGCCGAGCCCGAAGACCCCUACGCUAACCGAAGGAACAACCCGCCGGGUGGGAAGCCGACGGGCGUUCUGUGCGGUGAGUCGUCGGCUCCCCUUAGGAGAGGAGCCACCAAUGCAGUCAACUCAGCAGACGCCCCCUCAAUGGAUGGCGACACGCCUCUAUGGGACAAUGGCUGCGACCCUGUUGAACUUGCAACAGCUCCCGAGCGUGAAGACGACACUCCUCCUGCUGAGGAUCCGUCCACAGGACAACCGUCCGGACGCAGGAAUCCCCCUGGAGGAAAGUCAAGCCUCAUUUUGGGUUGAAUGAAUGCCAAGAUCAACCCCUUCAUGUCCCCCUCCAUUCCUCGUCACAUCUGGUAACCUCCAUGUAUCUUGAUAUUGGACCUCUCCUCAAUGUCUCCCUUGUGCCAGUCCUCCAUAUCGGAAGUGCAUUUUUUGAUACCUUCUUGUCAGAACCAUUUUCUACUGUUAUUUAUUUUGACAGAAGCACUUUAUGUCUUUCAAAGUUUGUUUGGCCAUUAUCUGAACAGAAAGGCCACCAGGAUCCCAUUCUCAAUAUCCCCAUAUGCUGAAACUCCCUCAAUUUUUUUUUUUUUUUUUUGCAGUAAUGCAGCAGACUUCAGGCAACUACACAAACACCAGCCGAAAGCUGCCAAUUAUGAAUUUUGUUCAGGUUUGAAGACUAUCUUGCAUGCACGUUUGGUCCAGAAUUUGAAUCACAAUUGAUGGGAAACUCUUGUUACUGUUGUAACUGUUGUUAUUGUGACUGCAUGGAAAUUUGAACCUUUUUACUGGUUAUAUUAAAAAAUAAUAAUAAUAAUAAUCGACAUCGGGAAAAUCAACAAUCACUAGACCUCUGAAGCCUGCCUUUUCUUUCUUUUUUUGCAAUUGUGUAUGGUUGACCUGUCAAUGUUUUACCACUCAAGUUCACUCUGAAGAAAGUGUGCCUCUUUUGCGUUUCCAACUCAGUCAAAGUUGGAUUGUCUUGGUCGCAUGUAAAGCAGCGACUGUGUUCCCACUUUACAACCCAACAAAAUGUUGUUGGGCCUGAUCUUAUAAACCUGUCUUGCGUUUGACAAGUGACCUUAUGACACAGCUCAGCCAUUGUUUCUUCUUUAGAUGUAAAUGUUGAAAAUUUUGAAGCUUCUAUGGCCAAAAGAAAGUCCAAACAGCCUGAUUUCUGCAUGAUAUCCAACCAUCAUUGUAACUACUUCCUAUUACAUGCCGUACUGUGUUGUUUUUAUUUUAUUUUUCUUCAUGCUGGAUGUUUUAAAGUCACUUGCAGAAUUGAAGUAAUGCCACAAAUUGAAAAUCAACAUUAAAAAUCGAUUUACAACAC